UGCCGGCAGUUUCGCGGCGGUCUUCAAGCGUUGACUCAUUUUUAUUAUUUUAGUCAUGUGCCAUACAAUCCCAGAAACAAAUUAUUAAAAAUAUUCGAUCUGUUACUUACCUGUUACAGUUCGUAAACGGUUUACUAUUUCGGCAGUCGACCUUCAUUCAUUUAAUCAAAGCAACGUUAACGGACCAACAAUUUUUAAAAUUUUCAGUACAGUUCUAAUUUGAUCGUAUCCUAGCAUUUUCCUUAUAUGCGAAAAAAGUGACAACACUGCUAAACAAUCGAAACGGAUAUAGGGACAAUACCACGUCUGAAAUAUGGCAUCCUCCACAAAAGACCUGGAUGGCGUGGUUAACGAUUUACCCCCGGGACCGCUGGACACCUAUAGAAAACAAGCAAAGUUUCAUUGGAAACAAAUGAAACUGUUUUUUGAAGAUGCAGAACUGCUGAAAAUAAAGAUGAAGGUAUGGAACACUUUAGAAAGAGAUCCCACAUUCCAAAGACCGAAAAAAGUACCGGACAGCGACGAAAUGAAAAGACUCGCUGCUAUACAAUUACACAAGUACUGCCAUUACAACUUCCUCCAUCCGGACACGGCUAAGUUGCCUUAUAAAAGAAAGACUAAAUUUAUGAUGACCGUAAACGAAGCACUGGCCGUUGCAUUUCCAGAUGUCUCCAUUAAACAUGCUGUAGGAAUUGGACUUUUUAAGAACGCUUUGUCAACGUUAGGCACCGAAAGGCAUCAGCACUUCGUAGAUGCUUCAUGGAACAAUCAGGUUUUGGCUUGUUUGGCGCUCACCGAAAUCGCUCAUGGCAGCAAUACGAAACAAAUGAGGACCACAGCAACCUAUGAUGAGAAAACACAGGAGUUUAUCAUAAAUACUCCAGAUUUCAAGGCGGCAAAAUGUUGGGUAGGAAACUUGGGCAAAACUUGUACAGUGGCAGUAUUGUUCGCACAGCUAUAUACUAAAGGGCAUUGUCACGGCUUACACGCCUUCGUAGUACCAGUCAGAGAUCCCAAUACACUCCUUCCAUAUCCAGGCCUGAUAAUCGGCGACAUGGGUGAAAAAAUAGGUUUGCACGGAAUAGACAACGGCUUUAUUCUGUUUAAAGACUACAGAAUUCCGAGGGAAAAUUUACUAAAUCGCACUGCGGAUGUAACUCCGGAUGGAGAGUAUGAAAGUAGUUUUUCCGAACCUGGAAAAAUUUUGGGUGCCGCUUUGGAAAGCUUGUCUACUGGGCGAGUGGGUAUUAUGCAAGAAAGUUCUAAUAAUCUCAUAUGCGCUGUAACUAUAGCAAUUAGAUACGCGGCAAUCAGAAAGCAGUUCGGGCCUAACGGGGAUGGUGGCAAUACGAAAAACGAGUGGCCUCUUAUAGAAUAUCAACUACAUAGAUGGAGAUUAUUUCCACAUAUGGCUGCAGCAGCGAUACUUAGAACGUUUGUCACCAGUUUUACCGAUACGUAUUUAUCAGCAGUGGAGUUAUCGACCACAUCAAAGGAAUUUCAGAAUUUGAGCGAUGUAGUAUCUGAAGUUCACGCCAUUGUAUCCAGUGCAAAAGCUUUGGUAACGUGGUCUUGUAGGGAUGCAAUACAGGAAUGUAGAGAAGCUUGUGGCGGUCAUGCUUUUAUGAAGGCUUCUAGAUUAGGAGAUCUGCGAACCACAAACGAUCCGUGUGUCACCUAUGAGGGUGACAAUAAUGUUCUAUUACAACAAACCAGCAACUGGCUUUUAAGACAAUGGCAAAAUCUAACUCAGGGAAACAAGUUAACCACUCCUUUAGGAAGCUGCAAAUUUUUAGAAAAUCAUCGAUUUAUUUCCAGUCAGACUUUUAGAGUUGUCGAAUCCAAAACUUUAACUAGUCAAAAAUUUAUAUCAGAAUGUUAUGAAUGGCUCAUUGUAUACCUUCUAAAACAAACUGAUUCAAAACAAAGUGAAAUUGAGAGAAGAACAAAUAAAUUUGUGGCAAGGGCUGAAUCUCAAGUUUAUUGUGCUGCAUUGUUAUCAAAAGUAUACAUCGAAUAUUUAGCUUUGAAUUAUUUUUGGGCGAAAGUAUGUGCGGCCGAUUCUACAUUAAUAAAUACUUUGAACAAUUUAGGAGCUCUGUAUGGUUUAUCAAGUUUGGAAAAGCAUUUGGUGUACUUCUAUCAGGGUAGUUUUACAAAUAAUUCAAAUUUUUCAAAGAUGAUAAAGGAUACAAUUCUAUUUUUAUGUGAUAUUUUGAAACCUGAAGCCUUAGGAAUAAUUGAUGGAAUGGCACCUCCUGACUUUGUAGUAAAUUCUGUGAUAGGCCGUUCAGAUGGAAAGUUGUAUGAAAAUUUAGAAGCUGAAUUAAUGCAUGGUCUCAGUGUAAUGUCUAGACCCGACUGGUGGCGAGAAAUUGUUAUAAACAAUCCUCCCGAUUUUAUGAGACAUCGAAGCAAACUUUAAUUAUCAGAUAUUGUUAACAGAGCUGCAACAAGUCAGUUUUAAAAAGACUUAAGUCUUGGUCAUUUCUAAAAUCAAAAUGAUUUAAGUCUUAAGUCAAUUUCAGUAUAAAGUUCAAAUGACUUAAGUCUUUGACUUAAAUCUUUUCCUUUCAAGUCAAGUCAUUUUUGUAAAGUAAUCUUAAAUCAAUAUAACAUUAGUUAAGUCUUUUUAUUUACUUAAGUCUUUUUUACUUAAAUCAUGAUAAUCUGGAAGUUAAGUCCGUACAAUGACUUAAAUCAAUAUAAUUUCCCUCCCCCCAAGUCAAGACAAAUUUUAUUGUAUUACCCAUUACCGAUUUUUUUUAUUAUCUAUAUUUAUUGUAGAUACAGAUUAGAAUAAAAUAAUAUAUACAUAACUAUAAUAAACAAUAAAUAAAUAAACGCAUCAAGAACAUAAAAACAGACAUACAGGGUCCGGCAAUAGUGCGUCGGGCAUCUGUAGCUCCUAAAAUAAAAAACUUCGGAAUUUUGUUUAAGUGCAAACCUAAACUAUGUACUAGGAUGUAUUCCAGGAAAAUAUUUUAA